AUGACCAAUUUCAAUAGCACAAGCGGACCUAAGUGGGAAGGAGGAUGGCCAGACGAGCCUUUCGCAGUCUCCAUUGAAACCGAUGACCCCCACGACCACUGUUUCCUCUCCUUCCCAAAAGUCGGCGCCAAGCUAGGCACCGACGCUCAAACCCAAUUUUUUAUCCUCGAAGUCCUUGAACAGAUCUUCAAGCUCCAAGGGCAACCAAAAGGCAGCGUCCCUGAAGCAUUCGAUGUCACCAGGUACGACCUCAGGUUCAAGAUGGAAUCCAUUGCGCAACAUCCUAUGAGCCUGGAUCUGGCGUGCACAGCAUUAAAGAUUAUGUGUAGCAUUGUGAUGGAUAGUGGGGCGCGGGAGUUUCAGGCUUUGGUCGUCUGUCAGCGGCUGGCGCUGGGGAGGUUCAGGUCAUUGUUUUUGGACACCGAGGUUAAGAAUGGAGCUUUGACAUCGAAUGCGACAUCCUUCGAGAGGUGA